AUAUGUUCACAUUAUCGAAGUUGUGAAAACUCAACAUGAGAAAUCUGGCUUAUUUUGAAUUUUUCUUGUGUCUUUUUUUGGUGAAUGGAGUUGUUUCUUUGAGUCCAGGAAUUGACGCAUCUGAUCCUGUCCUUCGACAGCUGUUUAAAAGAAUUCACGAGCAAGAGGUAAAAAUCACCAAGUUACAACUAAAAGCUACACUGGACCAACAGCAUCUUAGCAGCAAGAUCUCAACUUUAGAGAACAAGACGAAAACCUCUUACUCUCGACAAAAAGAGUUGGAGAAAACCGUACAAAAUCUUGUCAAAAUCAUUGCAGACCUAGAAAUCAAAACACCGACGACAGAUGAGAAAAGCAUAUAUUCCGGACGUUUUUCGGGAAUGAGUAAGGAAAAGAUUAAUAAACCAGUACCUGAUUACGUCAUCCAUAACACCACGGUUAGGGGUCAAGGACCAAUUUCUCUGGGGUCAAAACAAAAGAGAGAACUCAGGAGCAGGUCGUAUCCAGAUCAUGUCAUUGCAUUUUACGCUUAUCUUAGUAACUCCAUGAAAUCUCCAAGUAAACUACAGACGUUGAUAUUUCGCACUGUAAUCACCAAUGUUGGUGGUUUCUACAACCGACACAGUGGGGUUUUCACGGCUCCAGUCAGCGGAACCUACGUCUUCAACUGGAAUAUUUACAGUUGCUACAAGGGUGACGUAACAUCGGAACUAAUGGUGAACUCCUCAAGAAAGGGCGGGAGACGAUCGGAUAGUAAUAAAAGUAGUGAGGACCACAGCUCUAGCGGUUGUGUUGUGAUCAACAUCACGAAAGGAGACAUCGUCUAUAUAAGGACACAUCCAACGAAUUCACUGAGGGGGACUAUUAUCAGUAACCCUGGAUUGUACGAGUCUACAUUCAGUGGAUGGCUUCUGAAGUGACGACAAAAAUGUUAUCAUGAGAAAUAAGAAAACAUUAAAUGAUGUUUCAUCGA